GCGGCAAGAUAGGAAGAAGAAAAACAACAUCAACUUUAAAUUCUAAAAAUGUUUAUUAUUUCCCUUUAAAAUGCUAUUCGAUUACUUUUAAUUCAGUCAAGUUUGGUAGAACGAAAAAUUAUUUUUGCAUCAAUGCUUCCACUUUCUUGUAGUGAUGAUGGUAACUAUGCGUUUUCAAUGUAGAGCGUUGGCCGGCAAGCCGUAAAUUUUUAGAUUGUUUAGUUUUAUUUGAGGAAGAAUGAAAAAACCGUCCAACGGCAAAGACAGCAAAAACAAAAGCGCUUGCCCCAAGGGUAAAAGGAAACUGGAGUACAAUGAUAACAAACAACCAAAGCUACCAUUGACUGGCAAACUCAUUUACCUUGAUGUCAAAGAUGCUCGACUUACAAAGAAAUUGGAAGCUGACUUAAAGAGACUUGGUUCAUCUGUAGAAAAGUUUUUCGUCAAAGAAAUAAAUUACCUUAUUACAAGUCAUCCAAGACCAAAACCGAAAAAUGAGGACAGACUUCAAUCAGCUGACAGUCCUGCAGGUGUCUCAACUCCAAGCCCCUUCAACUGUGGCCCUUCGCCAUCACCUGGAGCUGUGGAAACUAAAGCACCCCAAUCUGUUACCAGGGGUAAAGCGAUACUGCAAAAGGCACAAUUACAGAAAAAGACUAGCAGUAUUAUAGAAAAUGCAGAAAAGUGGAAGGUGAAGAUCGUUUCAGUUGAAGCUGCCUUGAAGUGGAUACUCAAAGAAUUAGCAAAAUUACCCCCUGACAGCUCCAAGAGUAAUCAGUCAGCUAACACCAGGGGAUGUAAAAUUAAGAGGUUGAGGUCACCUAUGCUGAAAUUUGAAUCCAAAACUCGGCAGUAUCGACCUGUUCACGGAAGCCUGGACAGCUGGCCUUUUGCCAAUGUUGAUACUCCGAAGGGGACGUGUCCAUUUGAUGGAACAACAGUUGGGCGGGGUGAAAGGUCGCGAGAGGAGCGCGGGGACAGAAUCGGACUGGCACAGCAGAUGGACAACAACAUGCCAGCUAGUCCAGCAGGCAUCGGUGGUGAGGACAGCGGCAGUAACAAGACUCCGAAAGUGGACGCUCCAGGGAAAAGCCGUCCAUCAGAGAACCAGGGUGGUGGGUUUAGUGGAAUGAAAGUGGUUACCGCUGGGGAACUGAGGAGGCGCAAGGAACAGAAACGAAUCCAGGAACGGAAGAGAGGAUACUGUGAAUGUUGUCAGAUAAAAUAUGACGACUUGGACAAGCAUGUGAUCCAGGAGCAACACAGGACAUUUAUCAGAGAUAAAAAGAAUUAUGAACCUCUGGACAACCUGAUUCUGACAGGCCCUAGUACUGCCCGCUUCCUACAGAGGGUACUACUGAGACAUUGUACCAAGAAGCGUAAUACAGACAAUAUAAGUGGGUCAGAUGAAGAGGUGGUGUUGAUAACCCCAGGGAAGUCGGCAGCAAAAGGCACAGCUAGAAAAAAGAAACAAUCAAAACCAAAGAGUCCAACAAAGGGCAGGCAACCUGAUGUAAUGAUGGACUGUAGCAUACAGGAGUCAAAGGAAUGCAGGGAAUCGAGGAGAAAUCCUGGAGACACCAAACCAGUGUCUGAAAGACUAACUCCUUCUGUGUCUAAAAAGCCACUGAAAGAUAAUUCUGGUAAAGUGGACAUUAAAAAGAAAGUGUUUGGAGAUACAGACAAUACAGUCGAGAAAAAAGAAAGUGUACUUAAGAAAGAUAGUAAAUCGAAAGUUUUAAGUUCAAAAGUAUCAUUUGACUCUCCCAAAGACUCCGAUCAGAUGACAUCAGCGACAUCUAAAAUGAAAAAAGAACAUUCCCCUGAGAAACAAAGUUGUACUAGUGAGGGAUUAGACAUUAAGAACCAUGUCGUCCCUGUAAGGAUGAGAAACUCUCUCGGUGUGUAUCCAAACAUGUCUCCUAGUCGUGUCUCCUGGGCCCGUCAUCAGUCGCUGUCCGCUAGUGAGGAUUGUCUGAUUGGGUCGGACAAACCGGAGAAACCAGCUUGUGUGCGAGUGCUAGACAGUUCAAGUAAAGUAAAAGGAGACACUGCAGAGGAAAAUCAAUCCCUUGAAAACCAGAGAAAACUGCCUGAUUGUGUGAACAAUGUAGAUAGUCCUCUACCCGGAGAUAGGAUCAGGGUGCUACGCGAAACGAGGACACGAUCAAAACAAGGUCUUCCAUGUUCACUACCUCCAGAAUCUUCUCCAAAAUUGUUAGAAAGAGUUUGUGAAAAAUUAGAGGAAGUAACAAAAGACAAAUAUGACGAAGUUGAUGGGGAUUCUUCCUCUUGGACUCUUUCCAGGAAGUCGUCUCAUGUUGAAUCACAAAUUGUCUCCCUUAGUCCGAAUAAAAGAUCUAGUGUAAAAACUUCCGAGAUUCAGUUUUCUCCUCGAAGACAAAGACUAUGUAGGUCACAAGCAAAGACAAUUGAAGAGGUUGAGAGUGUGAAUAAAGAUAGCAUUUCAAACAAUCUCGAUCAAAUUGACCCCUGUCAAGUCAAAGACUCAACCACCAUUCGAACCAGGAAUCGGUCACCAAUUAAAAAUACAAACUCUCAAAGUAAAACUGAACUUGUUUCUAGUCAAAUUAUAGAUUCACCCAUAACUAGAACCAGAAGUCGCUCACCAGUUAAAGAUAAAAAAUUUCAAAGUAGGGCCAACCUUGAUUCUACAACAACUACAAGUCAUUCACCGGUUAAAGAUUCAAAUUGUCAAAAAAGAGAUAACCUUCACCAAAGUCAAGGCAAAGACUUGCUUAGAACUAGGAAUUUCUCGCCUGGUAAAGGGACAAAAUGUCAAAAUAAGUCCAAGCUUGACUCCAGUCAAGUCAAAGACUCCAUCACCACUACAACUAGAAGUCGGUCGCCAACAAGAGAUGUCAAUUAUGGAGAUGAAGCUGAGAUCGAUCCUAAUCAAAUUCAUGAACCUACUACUCCUAAAAUUAGGAAUCGGUCACAUGGUAAUGAAAGUCGAGACUCUAGAACUAGGAAUCAGUCGCCAGUGAAGGACAGAAAUUCUGAUACAAACUGCCGUGGUAGGGUAAAAUGUGAUACCACCAGUCAGGAAAUGUCGGCCGACUCCAUCAUGUCAAGGCUUUGCUCACCAGAUAAAAAAAAUACAGGCAAACAUGACGAUGAAAGAUCUGUUCAACUGCUCAAUUCACCAAGAACGCGAAGAAAAAUUGUUAGUCAAGAUGAGGAGAAAGGCCAGGAAAAGUUCCUCAAAUCAAAACAUGAUUCCAUGGAAAGACAAUCUAAAAACCAUUCACGAUCAGAGAAGAAUAUAAACAAAAUGGAAAAGUCUGUUGAAAGUGAACCUGUCACACCCAAAAAACGCGUACGAAACAGAGAAUCCAAUUCUGCCAAGGAUUCCCCGCACACCACGUCGAAUACUCUGAAACAAGACAGUACACAUGAUAUUGAUUUUUCACAAGGUGUAAAGAAUUCUCAAGAAAAAAUGAAUUCUGUGAAAAUUGAUAAAAGACAAGAUACAAAUUCUUCUUCAAAAGGUGGCUCCAAACGUGAAAACACAAAAUCUUCUUGCUUAGAAAGCAAAGAUAGAAAAUCUGAAGAUAGAAAAUGUGAAGGUAAUCAUGAAGUGAUGAAGUCAUCAACGAAAGUACAAAGUGAAGCCAGGAAGUCUACGAAACCCUGACCCAGUAGCGAGCUCGGAACUUAUGUCCAA